CGCUCUGCCCGCCUCAUCUUACUGGGAACAACGAGAAAAAAAGAAACUGUUCCUCAUCUUCACCUUGGUUCUGUCAAUGGCUGCUGCUAUUCUUCUGUGAGCUCGACUUGCUUGACCAGGCAGCCCUGCUCGGGCCCCCACAUGACCGUUUGCCAUCCUUCCACCGCCCGUCGCGUGCGUUAAGUCUGCAAGCAAAUUUCUUCCGUGCUUCCUCCGUCGUCCGUGCCAUUCCGCCCAUCCGCAUCGCGAGAGAUCUCCAUUGUGUUCGCGUCGCGCAGGCAUCCCUCCCACAUCCCAUCCUACCUGCUGCUGCAUCCUGCCUGAAAAACGCCCUGGAAGUCUCCGCGUCUUGGCACAUCCGCUCUUGUCGAGGCAACCCGAGGUGUCAUCGGCGUGACAAGACGCCCGCCGCGCCAGAUGAUGGCCCCGGCGAUCCCGCCGCCCAACGAUCGAAAGCGGGUCAAAGUUUACGAGUUAAAGGAUAAUGACUGGUUUGAUCGAGGCACCGGCUUCUGCACCGGCCAGAUAUUCGAUGAUGAACCUAAAAUACUGGUCGAGUCGGAGGAUCAGCCGGACCGCAUGCUACUGGAAACAAAGAUAUCGAGGGAUGAUGGAUAUCAGAAACAGCAAGAAACCUUGAUCGUGUGGACGGAACCGAACGGCACGGAUAUGGCUCUCAGUUUUCAAGAGGCUGAGGGCUGCGCUGUGAUAUGGGAUUUCGUACGACAUGUUCAGCAGCAAUUCAUGGGAUUAGGUCCUGACGACUCGCUUUCUGACGACGCGCUUGAUUCCUUAAGCAAUCCGAUAAUGCUCCCUCCGCCGGAACUUGGAAAUCUCGCUGAGAUAGAGAACGCGAUGCGCGCAUCCACCACCACGCAAACAGGCCGAGAUGCCAUCUCCAAGUUCGUCAUCCGCGACGAAUAUAUCCUAAAACUCCUCCCUUUAGUAUCAGUCGCCGAGGAUCUUGAGAGCCUCCCCGAUCUACACAGGCUAUGUAACAUAAUGAAGUCCUUGAUUCUAUUGAACGAUAACACAAUCAUUGAGCUAGUCGUGAGCGAUCACGUCAUUAGCGGGGUUGUGGGUGCUCUAGAAUAUGAUCCGGAGUUUCCCACCCACAAGGCGAACCACCGACAAUACCUCAACGAUCGCAGUCGCUACAAGGAAGUCGUGCCUAUCAAGGAUCCGAUAAUCCUACGGAAGAUCCGGCAUACCUGGCGCCUCCAAUAUUUGAAGGAUGUUGUGCUCGCUAGAAUCCUCGACGAUCCGACGUUUUCGGUUCUGAAUUCCCUCAUAUUCUUCAAUCAAGUCGACAUAGUUCAACACCUCCAGGCUAACACCCCGUUCUUGAACGAACUUUUUGCCCUGUUUAACCCAAGGAACACAGACAACAAGCGCAAAGAAGAUGCAGUGCAAUUCAUCCACCAAUGCGCGUUGAUUGCAAAGAACCUGCAAGCCGCGGCCCGCGGGAGCCUCUUUGGCAGCUUUAUCAACCAUGGCCUAUUUCCAGUUAUCGCGUACGCUGUGAAACACCCGAAACCUGCCCUCAGGACUACCGGUGUGGACAUACUAGUUGCCCUUCUAGAUCAUGACCCUAUAAUGAUGCGAGGAUAUAUGUUAAAGGCGGUUAAUGAGAAGAAAGUCCCUCUCACGGACACUUUGAUUGAGCUAUUACACACAGAGACAGACCUGGGAGUUAAAAACCAAUUGGCAGAUGCAAUCAAGGUCCUUCUAGAUCCCCAGACGCCAGUCCCCGAAGUCUUGAGCAGGAUGGGUGCCGAUUUCUUACCAAAGUUGCGGUCACAAAAUGUAUUUCCUGAUACAUUUGUGCAGAAUCACUUCGACGAGUCAGCGAAGCGGCUAUUUCUGCCUUUAAAGAGGUUAGAGGCAAGAUCUGACCUUGAUAUUCUCACCUUUUUCGUUCGCCAACAUCUGUUUCGGAGCCGUAAUCUCAUGCAUGCAGAGUCCCUCGCGCCUCGAAUAGCGCAGCUCCUCACAGUACCGCAGAAACACCUCAAACUGACUGCACUAAAGUUUUUCCGGACUUUGAUCAGCUUGCAGGACACAUUCUAUUAUUCCCAAAUGACGCAUAAUAAUACGUUUGAACUCAUUCUCAAUAUAGUAUAUGAAACGAUGCCGCGCGAUAAUUUGCUCAAUUCUGCCUGUUUAGAGUUGUUUGAGUAUGUCAAACGUGAAAACAUCAAGCCGAUUAUCAUCCACGUUGUCGAGAACUAUCGCGAGAAGAUAAAGGAUAUCACCUAUGUUGACACGUUUCAGAAUUUAAUGAUUCGCUACGAUCAGAUGCAAGGAUAUGGCGCCCAACCAGACGCCACAUUAUUUAGUCAAGAUGAAUCUACAACUCCUACCCGGAAUCUCAUCAACGGUGGUCACCGCUGGCAGGGUGUCCGAGAGAUGGAUGCAGCAGAAGAGGAAUAUUUCGAUGCAUCGGAUGAUGAGGAAGACGAGCAGGGUAAACCCGCCGCCGAAUCCAGUGCAGCUCUUAAUGGCUCAGCCUCUCCUGCGGCUAAACCCUUGGUCGACUACCCUGACGAUGACGAUGACGCCAUGGACGUGACCGAACACGGACAAGCCCCUACUGGAUCGGAAGUAGUGUCAGAUCCGCAAAUUAGCGGACAGCCCCUGUCUACGGCCUCAAGUGACACGCUAUCACAAAUAUCGUUCAGUGGCGAGCGAUUCUUAGAACGGUUUUCUGAGAAGCGGCGUCGUGAAGAGGAUGACGACGACGAUGAAUUGAUCAAAUUAUCCUCUGCAUCAAAACGCCGUGGCUCGAGUGCUAGUGUUAGCAGUGCCGGUUCUUCAACGCUUGGUGGUUUAUCAAUGAAGAGGGGCAUUUCUGGGCAGUCAUCUACCUUGUCACCCACGCACAGUAAUGCUGGCGAUAAAUCUUCUUCCACUACUCCUGCUGGAACGGGAGGCAAGAAGAUAUCCUUUAAUCUAAGCAUGAGCUCGGCAACACAAGCCGUCUUGAAGACCCCCGAUCAAGCCUCUAGUCACGGCCCGCAGGACAGUCAAGAUGAGACAAUGAAAGGAAAUGCUGCUGAGAAUGACAGUGGAGGCGAUAGCAACAACGGUGGAAUAGGUUCAUAGGUGUCUAGCAUUUCCAGUUCCUGCCUUUAUGCGCCGUUCUUCAUCGAUGUUCCAUUCUCGCAGUUCGGGCUUUGCGUUAUUGUUUUGUCGUUUUCCAUGCCAGGAUACGGCAGGGCACCAAAAAAAAAAGAAUAAUAUGUUACUCAACGAGCACUAAUCGAACGACAUCAAGGAAGCAACGGCGUAUUUGCAUGUGUAUUCCGAAUAUCCAGGGGUGCUAUGUGGGCUUUUUGUUUGAUUGAGAUCUUCCAGCUUAUUUCUGAAGUGUUGGCGGCGUUUACCGUGCAGCUUUUUUUCUCUUUUCUCUCACCGUGUGUGGUGUUUCGCAUUUCUACCGUGUGUUACUUAUAUCUUUUACCAUCCUGCUCUGUUCUAUUACUGGUUUUGGUGACGGAUCAAGACUUAGUCGUACAUUAGAUACCACUGGAAUGGAUGAAUUUUUUUCCUUUUUUUU